CCUUUUCCUCUCGGCGGCUCCUACAGUAAGAUGGCGGCUGAGAGCAUGUCGGCGACCGGGGAAAUGAGCAGUCAAACUGCAGGGAAUAAGAGGCCGUUUCCACAUCUCGAUGAAAAGGACCAGCUUUCCGUCUUUGAAAAUGUAGCACUUGAUGAAGCUGGAGACGACCUAACCGAUAGUGAAGAAAGCGUUUUCUCUGGCCUGGAUGAUUCAGGGAGUGAUAGCAGCGAUGAUGAAGAUGAGGAUAAAGAAAGUGAUGAUGACAGUGGACUUGAGGAGAAGAGUAUGAAGAAGUUCAGCAAACAGGAUGUUAAGAUCCCUGAAGUUACCACGAAAGAGGAAGAAGAAAACAAUGGAAAGUUAGCAGAGUUAGACUGCAGUCUCCACCCGCAGCAGCCUGUGCUGACCCAUCCACCAGAUGAGUACGAAGAGGACACUUCAGAUGAGGAGGAUAUCCGGAAUACUGUGGGUAAUAUCCCUAUGGAAUGGUACAAGGACUAUCCACACAUCGGUUAUGAUCUUGACGGAAGGAAAAUCUACAAACCAAUCCGAAAUAAAGAUGAGCUGGAUGAAUUUCUGGAUAAAAUGGAAAAUCCGGAUUAUUGGCGGACCAUUCCAGAUAAGAUGACCGGCACUGAAAUUCGACUAACAGAUGAACAGAUCAAUCUCAUCCACAGAAUCCAGAAGGGGCAGUUUGGAGAUGCCAAGUUUAAUCCACAUGAGCCUUCCAUUGAUUUCUUCACCCACGAGACAAUGAUUCACCCAGUGACCAACCAUCCAGCGCACAAGCGCAGCUUCAUUCCAUCACUCAUUGAGAAGGAGAAGGUAUCAAAACUUGUCAGUGCAAUAAAACUAGGCUGGAUCAAACCACGCAAGCCUCGAGAUGACACGCCACGGUACUAUGACCUGUGGGCAAAGGAAGAUCCCAGUGCAAUCCUGGGACGUCAUAAAAUGCACAUCCCUGCACCCAAGCUGAAGCUACCAGGGCACGAGGAAUCUUACAACCCGCCACCUGAGUACUUGUUAACAGAGGAAGAGAGACUGGCCUGGGAACAGCAGGAACCUGAGGAACGGAAGCUGAACUUCCUCCCACAGAAAUUCACAUCUUUGCGUGCCGUGCCUGCAUUUUCACGCUUCAUUCACGAACGCUUUGAACGGUGCCUCGAUCUGUACCUCUGUCCGCGACAAAGGAAGAUGAGAGUGAAUGUGGACCCUGAAGACCUGAUACCAAAACUUCCCAAACCAAAGGAUCUCCAGCCUUUCCCAACCACUCAAGCACUGGUUUACAAAGGGCACACUAACUUGGUGCGGUGCAUCAGUGUCUCUCCCAGCGGGCAGUGGCUGGCCUCUGGCUCUGAUGACAGCACAAUUCGGUUUUGGGAGGUUUGCACAGGCCGUUGCCUCCGAACAAUCGAGGUGGAAGGGGUAGUGAGAAGCAUCGCUUGGAAUCCUAACCCUGUUCAGUGUCUUGUGGCAUUGACUGUUGAGCAUUCUGUCAUCAUUGUUAACCCAUGCCUCGGUGAUAAGUUGCUGUAUAAUGCAACAGACCAGCUCAUUGCAUCAUUUGAGAAACCAGAGGAGGAGCCAGUCCAACCUGUGGAAUGGACUGCUGCUGAUGGAGAUGCUUUUGACAAAGGAUACCGGCUCAUCAUCAAACACAACAAGCUGGUGAAACAGGUCACAUGGCACGGGAAAGGUGAUUACUUAGCAACAGUUGUCCCCGACAACGGCAACGCGCAGGUCCUCAUCCACCAGCUUAGCAAGCGCCGGAGUCAGAAUCCCUUCCGCAAGAACAAAGGCAUGGUGCAGUGUGUCCUAUUCCAUCCGAUCAGACCGUUCUUCUUUGUGGCCACACAGCGCUAUAUCCGUAUCUACAACCUCCUCAAGCAGGAACUCUCCAAGAAGCUAAUGACCAACUGCAAAUGGGUGUCGAGCAUGGCUGUGCAUCCUGGGGGAGAUAAUGUGAUCUGUGGUAGUUACGAUAGUCGCCUUGCCUGGUUCGACCUGGAUCUCUCUACCAAACCUUACAAGAUGCUCAGGCAUCACAAGAAAGCUCUGCGAGGUGUAGCAUUUCAUAAACAUUACCCACUGUUCGCCUCAGCAUCUGAUGAUGGCACUGUUAUUGUCUGCCAUGGAAUGGUUUACAGUGACCUACUGCAGAACCCAUUGAUUGUCCCUGUGAAAUUGCUGAGAGGCCAUGCAAUCACACGAGACCUGGGCGUUUUGGAUGUGACCUUCCACCCAACCCAGCCUUGGCUCUUCUCAUCAGGAGCAGACUCUACCAUCCGCCUCUUCACAUAACGUUUAGCUGCUUGUACCGACUCAACUGGACUUUUACCACACCCACUGUUCCUAUUAAUAACAGUUAUUGAAGAAAA